AAUGCCAAUGCGCUCUCGACUGUAGACCAUGUUCGCAGGUCAGAGGAUGCGUAAAAAUGCGUAGUAACUGGAAUAGUAGGUGCUGGAAGAAGGGCGUCCGACUGUCAACACGUCUAAACUGUGCGCAUAGCGCCGAGCGCUGAUGUUCAAACCAUGGAGAAACAAGCUCUUGCAACGGCUCUGAGCGUGUCCAUGAGCGUUAUCUCUUUACUCUUGUUGGUCACCGCUAUCUUCACCGACCAUUGGUACGAGACAGACACCAGAAGGCAUAAGGAGAACUGCGACAAGUAUGGGUCGGAUUCUAACGACCAGAAAAACAGGGAGAUGCCAAUAUACCACUUGCCUCUUGUGGACAACAGCAACUCCAAACGGAACGUGGCGCUUAUGAAGCCGAUUCACGUCGGGAGUAGAGAGGAGGAAUUACUUGAGAACUGGAGGGCGAUACUGGGGAUGGGGAUUCUUGAGACGGAAUGUGGGCGUCCGUUGUUCUCCACAUAUUCUGGACUCUGGAGAAAAUGCUACUUUCAAGGCAUGGACCGGGAUAUCGAUAAACUCAUAUCAAAGGGUAUUGCGGACCGAUGCACAACUGUCAAGUACCAUUUCUCUCAGCCUAUUCGGCUUCGAAACAUCCCGCUCAACCUGACGAGAACCAUUCAGCAAGAUGAAUGGCAUCUCUUACAUCUGCGGCGAAUCACGGCGGGGUUCCUUGGGAUGGCGGCUGCCGUUUUGCUGUGUGGUAGCAUUGUGGCCACAGUGGGCUUCUUUUGGGAGGAGAGCCUCACCCAGCACGUCUCCGGCCUGCUCUUCCUCAUGGCAGGGAUCUUCUGCACCAUCUCCUUGUGCACCUACGCCGCCAGCGUCUCCUACGACCUCUCCCGGAACCCACCCUUCAUCUAUGGACUGCCCGGCGACGUGGACCAUGCUUACGGCUGGUCCAUCUUCUGCGCCUGGGUCAGCCUGGGACUUACCGUGGCAUCGGGCUGCCUCUGCACCACCUACCCCUUCUUCAGCCAAGCCAAGGCCCUGCACUCCAAAACCGCCCGGGAGUCCUCGGUAUGAGCUGUAUGAGCAGUGUGAGAGAAUUGAGCGCCCCCUGUAGAUUCGGAGGAUGAAUUGUUGGUGUGGACAUUCUGUUGCUGACUGAAGACCAAUAUAAGAGGAGAUGUUUUAUUUGUACGAAACCAGAGAUGAAACAUAGUUUCCACGGUGAGAUAUGGGAAUCUUGUUGGUCUUUUUUGUGGACUCUCGCCAUCCUUUAUCGAGGUGUUAUGGAAGGUGCAGCUGUUAGGAUGUGUUAUGUGUGUGUUUGCAUGUGCACACAGGCAAACUCACACAUACAUAUGGACCUACACAUGCGUACACAAGCACACACACACAGUCUCUCUCUCUCUCUCUCUCUCUCUCUGUCUCUCUCUCUCUCUCCAAGAUAUGGAGAACAAUAUGAGAGUGAAUAACAUGAAACGACGCAAAUACCCACACAGGCAUACCACACACAUAAAACAUGUGUGUAUAUAUUAGCAUAUAUACGAAAAAGGCAUAAUUCUUAUGGGUGGUUUGGUAAGGUUGAAUCAAAUGGACAUUGUAUAAAAAUACUAGUAUCACUUUAAAAGCAAGAACUCUCAUUUUUUUCAGAUGUAAGUAAUAUAUUUUCUAAACUCUUAAGUACAAAACUCUAAACUGAUAACAUGUGUAAUGCCCCCUAUCUUAUGUUCAGAACCUUUGAUUGUGCAUUCAUUGGGGUUUCUCACAUCUUUCACCCCUGAGUCAUUUAUGCAAAAUCAA